GGGAGCCUGAAGUAACGCGUAACGUAACGGACACGUGAUGCACGGUCACAAUUGCUGCAAGUUGCGCCUUACUUUGCGCGCGUUCUAAAGCCGCGUCCAGUGGUGCCUGAGUGCCCUGCUGGACCGGUGAUCACACCAGAAGAAAAGUAGCCAGGCAGUGCACCGUCUGACGCAGUUGUAUUUAGUUUUCCAGCACCGACUCCAUUCAAUCUUUUCAUCGUGGACGAUGGGAUAGAGGACGACCCAAGAAAUGCGAAGAGGCUCCUGUGCAACGAUGCUCGAAUGACAAGUGUUACGAUCACCAAGAACUCAGGCGAUGCGAAAGUUGCGGGUUCGUCCCCUUCUUUUGAAGCGGGAUCACCAUCUUAUUGAGCGUUACACGGGGCUGCCUCGGAUUGCUUGUUUCUCAAUUUCCACUACUGCACUUAACAAUGCCCCAGUCGUUGAGUGCCAAAAUAUACUCCCACUGCGUUGUAAGAGUAACUUCCGAUCCAAUGAAGCUGAAACCUGACUCAGCAAACGAUCUGGCGAGACACAGACCGAUCUGACAGUACAAGCAAAGCCAACACGCUGCUGAGGGGAAACUAAGGAAAGUGCCUCUCCUGCAGCGAAAUCUAAGACUCUAGAUGAUGCGCUUCGAGGCGAACCCGAGGAUGACCUGCAUCUGAGGCCUUUUCCGCAAAGAGAAUGAGAGCGAUUGAGCCAAGGCGGCCUGACACUCUUCCCCCGAUCAGGACAACGGCGCGCGCGCUGGCGCAGCUUGGAUGCAGAGAUGUCACAAGUUAAAGCGAUCCGAGACCGUUUGACGCCUGAAACUGGAGGAACAUCUCCAAGAGACCAAUGGUCUCAAUCGCGCGGAGGGCGGGUUCUCAUGCCCUCGAUCUUCCCGACGAUGAGGAUCCCAUCACCGUGCGAAUCAAGCCGCUAGAUGUCCAAAAAGAAACGGGGAUUGAGAUUCCGGAGGACAGAUAUGACAAGGGAAAGUGGCUGAGAGACUGGAUCGCCGAAGUCCAGGAGUAUCGUCCCAUGGAAUACAAGCUAUUUCGGCUCUCAAGUCCUAGUAUUCAGUCGUAUUUACAAAUAUCUUGAGCCAUCUUGGAUCAGAAGUGAAAUUGUGACGAAAGGCUCAGAAAUUUCCACACAUGACCAAACAGUCCUCUGCACUUGUCCUGGACACUGAACGGCUUCUUCUGAGUCUUGAGCCGACACACGACCACCCCUCUCAUACCUGAAUUCGCAGAAUCUCGACUCGCUCUUUUUCGCAGAUGUCUGACUGGGACGCAUCAGACGACGAGUCGAGCAAACCCGCACCGUCCGCGCCCGUUCCCGUGAAGAAGAACGCAAAGUGGGAUGGAGAAGACGAGGAUGAUAAUGGACCAGCUAGCGACUGGGAUGCCUCCAGCGACGAUGAAGAAAAACCUGCCCCUGCGAAAUCUUCCGCGCCACCCAAGAAAAAGGGCACGAUAAAGCAGAAACUGGCGGAGAAAGAAGCAGCACGAGUUGCGCGAUUAGAGGCUGGCACGGAUGAUGAUUACGACUCCGAUCUCGCGCUUGAUCCAAGAGAGAAAGCGCGCCGAGAUAAGGAAAGAGAACUCAAUGCCGAUCUCAACAACGCAGCUGAACUCUUUGGGUCUGCUGCUCUCGGAGGUUUGACACUUUCCUUCGGCAAGGAUUACCAAGGGCUGACAGAAAUCUUGAUGUUAGGCACCUCUUCCGUCGAGCUCGAUUCGCUCAUCUCCGCUCAGCCGCGAACAAAGGAUGACUUUGUCAAGCUCUCUAACCAGAUAAUAGAAGUCAUCAUCAAGCGCCAUCAGUCCAAACCGCUCUACACCGCGUUUGUAGAGCAGUUUGCUCGCGAUCUUUGUGAACCUCUUAAAGACGUUGAAGUGCGCAAAGUCGCGAGUGGAUUGACAGCGCUGUCGAACGAGAAGCAAAAGGAGCAGAGGGACAAGGCCAGUGGGAAGAAGAAAGUCAAGUCCAACAAGCCUGUUCUCGGUGCAGCAAAAGCGAACAGCAGAGUGGAUACCGGUGCAUACGAUGAGGCACUCGACGAUUUCGGGUCGAAUGCCGACGACUUCAUGUAGACAUUGUACAAUUGUGCCUUGGAGGAUAACAUAUGCGAUGGUCUUAUGCUUCUCCUUCUGGUUCCUCCAGUUGUUCGAUGCUCAGAACAAGCUUGCCCUCGUCGUGUACCUCGUCCUCGGCUGGUUCCUCUCGCGCAGGGUCAUGAUCUUUCUUACUGUUUUUGAAA